AUGAACGAUAAUUUGAGGAUAAAUCAGCUUUUUGUUGUUCAAGACCGUUGGGUAGCGAUCACAGGAGCAGCAAGUGGCAUCGGUCAUAUGAUCGCACGGGGUUGUACAAUCAACGGCGCCAAUACCAUCCUCAUAGAUGUCAACGAAGAUGCAUUGGAAAAGGUGAAGGCCGAGCUUCAAGGACUUGCCUCGACUUUGGGUUGGAAUUCGCUAAAAAUUGAACUAGGUCACGGAGAUCUUUCAAGUGAAGAAGGAGUCAAGAAAGUAGUUGACACCAUCAAAACCUCACAUGAGUCCCUCGAUUGUUUGAUUCAUUGCGCUGGAAUACGGUUUAUGAACGAUAUUACCUAUACUCCAGGUGAUGGUCUCAGUAAACUCGAAGCUGCCACGCUUUCUGCGCCAUAUCAAGGCUGGGAGAAAGUCUUCCGUGUCAAUGUCCUAGCCCCAUACUACUUGACAGCUGGUUUGGUAACUCUUCUCGGAGCAGCAGCUGCCCAAGGCGAUGGGAAGGGUAGUGUGAUCAUGUUUAGCAGUCCAGCCAGUGUUCACAACCAUCAAUUCGUUCCUAUUUAUCAGACGUCCAAGGCCGCAGUAGAUCACCUGGUGAGAAUUAUGGCCGCAGAGUUUGCGGAUUUCUACAUUCGUGUUAAUGCUAUCUCACCGGGAAUCGUUCCAUCCGGAAUGACGCCGGAUGACGGUACUUCCAAUCUUCGCCUUGCGGCGAAAGCUCCUGCUGGACGAGCUGGUAAUGAAGAGGAUAUGGUCGGAACCGCACUGUGGUUGAUGAGUAAAGCUGGUUCUUUUAUGGAUGAAAAGGUUAUUCGCGCGGAGGGUGGUCGAUUACUUAUUCUCAAAGGUGUUACAUCUAAUUCCGACUAA